ACGUCACCGCAGCCCGGCGCCCGCCGCCAUUGGAGUUGGAAGCUCCGGCUCCAUCCCUCGCUGCGGCCCGACGGCGGCGGGGCAGGCCCGGGCGGCGCGGCCCGGGGAAGCGGGGCGGGGCGGGGGCGGGGGGGGGGGGGUAUGUGAAGGGACGGGGCCGGUAGGGUGAGGCGAGGCGCGGGACCGGCGCCGGCCUACCGUCCCCUGGGCCCCGCUGAGGUAGACGCCGAGCGGCGGCGCCCGCGCCAGCGGCUCCCUCUUUCCCCCCUCGGCCCCGGCCCCUUCCCCUCCCCGGCCGCCGCCUGAGGGGAGAGGCGCCGCCGCCCGUUCUCCGCCAGGCCCCGGAGCUCCGCGCCGCGCCGAGCGGCCCUGCCUUCUCCCCCCCGGCCCUUCUCUGCUGAACCACGGCGGCCCUGUACAUGAAUUAUGUCUGCCACAAGCGUUGACCCUCAGAGACCGAAAGGACAGGAUAAUAAAGUACAAAAUGGUUCAUUACAUCAGAAGGAUACAGUUCAUGACAACGAUUUUGAACCUUACCUUUCUGGGCAGUCAAAUCAGAACAGUAGCUAUCCAUCAAUGACUGAUCCUUAUCUGUCCAGUUAUUAUCCACCGUCUAUUGGGUUCCCCUAUUCUCUCAGUGAAGCACCAUGGUCUACAGGAGGAGAUCCUCCUAUCCCAUAUCUCACCACGUAUGGACAGCUCAGUAAUGGAGAUCAUCAUUUUAUGCACGAUGCUGUUUUUGGACAGCCUGGGGGUCUGGGAAAUAAUAUCUAUCAACACCGGUUUAACUUUUUCCCUGAAAAUCCUGCCUUCUCAGCCUGGGGAACAAGUGGAUCCCAAGGACAGCAGACUCAAAGUUCAGCAUAUGGGAGCAGUUACAGCUACCCACCUAGUUCACUGGGCGGUACCAUUGUGGAUGGACAAACAGGAUUUCAUAAUGAUACAUUAAAUAAAGCUCCUGGAAUGAACAGUAUUGAACAGGGAAUGGUUGGACUUAAGAUUGGUGGAGAUGUUACAACUUCUGCGGUGAAAACAGUAGGUUCUGUUGUCAACAGUGCUGGGAUGACAGGUGCUCUCUCUGGUAAUGGCGGAUCUAAUGUAAACUUGCCAGUAUCUAAACCAACCUCUUGGGCUGCUAUAGCUAGCAAGCCUGCGAAACCACAGCCUAAAAUGAAAACAAAAACUGGACCUGUAAUCGGAGGAGCAUUGCCUCCUCCACCUAUAAAGCAUAAUAUGGACAUAGGUACUUGGGACAAUAAGGGUCCUGUGGCAAAAGUUCCUGCCCCUCAACAGAUACCUUCUCCUCAGUCUGUUCCACAACCACAGCAACAAAUUGUUCAGCCUGUUCCAGCUCAACCUCCUCCAUUGACUCAGCCGCAGUAUCAGACCCCUCAGCAGCCACCCCAAAAUCGCUGGGUAGCUCCUCGCAACAGAAAUGCAGCUUUUGGCCAAAGUGGAGGAACUGGUAAUGACAGCAACUCAGCUGGCAGUACCCAGCCUAACCCUGUUCCUAGUGGCGAGUCCCAUCCUGUUCUUGAAAAACUGAAAGCUGCUCACAGCUAUAACCCUAAAGAUUUUGAAUGGAACCUUAAAAAUGGACGUGUGUUCAUAAUAAAAAGCUAUUCUGAGGAUGAUAUUCAUCGUUCCAUUAAGUAUUCUAUUUGGUGUAGUACGGAACAUGGCAACAAACGCCUGGACAGUGCUUUUCGGUCCAUGAAUAGCAAGGGUCCGGUCUACUUGCUGUUCAGUGUCAAUGGCAGUGGACACUUCUGUGGAGUAGCAGAGAUGAAAUCACCUGUGGACUAUGGCACCAGUGCAGGUGUCUGGUCUCAGGACAAGUGGAAGGGGAAAUUUGAUGUCAAGUGGAUCUUUGUGAAGGAUGUACCCAACAACCAGCUCCGACACAUCAGGCUGGAGAACAAUGACAACAAACCCGUUACAAACUCCCGUGAUACACAGGAGGUGCCCUUAGAAAAAGCAAAACAAGUGCUUAAAAUUAUUGCUACUUACAAGCACACGACCUCCAUCUUUGAUGACUUUUCUCAUUAUGAAAAGCGCCAAGAAGAGGAGGAGGUGGUGCGGAAGGUAAACUUAUUAAAAAAUUUAUUUUAUACACAGAUAUGGGGAAAAUGAAAUGUGAAGGCUGCUAUGGUGGAAAAAAUGAACGUCAGAAUCGAAACAAACAAUAAGAAUAAACAUAUACAGUUUGAUAUAUAUACUAGAACUGAUAUUAAAUUCGACUAUGAGAAACAAAAUUUAAGUAUACUGGUGCUGUAUCCUGGCAUCAGGACAAACUAAAGCUUUCAGCUCCAAUAUUAUCUUCUCGUGCAGGGGAAAUUAAGUUGUCGCAUCUUUAAGUAAAUUGUAGUUUAUUUUUGCCCAAGUGGAUCUGCAUUAAUUUGUAUCUUUUUUCUAUGUAAAAUUCUGUAGAAAUCAUUAAUAAAGGUGUGUCUGUUUUUAUUUUUUUAAGUUGGUAAACAGUUAUAUUAACCUAAUGUGGACCUAUACAUGAGCAUACUAAAGUGUCAGUGCUUCCCAAAGACUUUAUUUUGGCACAAAUUAUGUUCCUAGCCAGAUAUAGAGAUUAUGGAGAAUACAUCACAAAUCUUCCUUUAUCCUCCUCCCAAACCCUUUUUCUUCAUGGCGGAAGUAAGAAACCAUGCAUUGAUUUUUGUCACUUAAAAAACUUUUAAGAUACUUUUAAGAUACUGCACUUCAGAAUUUUGAAAUGAAAAAACUAAAUUUCUGAUCACUUUGUGCAGCUGCUAUGCCUCUUUAUUUAUCUGUACAAUUACACUUUUAAAAUUGCUAAUGCGCCAUGUUGGUUUUUUCUGUCUAGUAGAAAAUCAAAUUGUCAGUGAAAUUGUUUCUCUGGAAAAUAUUUCCCUUUCACAUUCUGUUAACCAGUGCUUCAGUGUGCAUUUGUUAUACCAUAUCCUGCCGAGAGUGAGCGAGAUGCUUUCUCUCAGCCAUAAUUCUGCUUUACGGUUUUUGUAGCUUAAUUAAAUAAUAAUGUGAUGCUAUCAACAUUGCAGGGGUUUUGGACAAUGUGUUUAAACCUGUUUCAGCUUUCAGGUGUUAUUAGUUAAUUGCAGAUCAUUUUUAAUCCUUCCCUUCAUUACUCCCUCCCACCCCCCAAAUCCUAAUGCCAUUUAAAGUUUUUAUACCAAUAAUGCUGAGCUUUAACGUAGGAACUAAUAGUACGGAUAAUAUGAUGGAUUAUGCCUCAGAUGUUUAAAUUGACAGUGUGUAUGUCUAAUUUUUUUCUGUUGGAUGAGUAAAAAAACCUGUUUUAAGAAACUGAAUUUGCUGUCAUGUUUUUGUGGAGUGAGGGGACCGUCUGAGAGCCUGUCACCAACUGGAGUUCCAAUUAAGCAUGGAAAUGGUGCUCAUGUCCGCUGCUCUAGCACACUGAAUCUGCACGUGUUUAUUGUAGAGGAUCUUUUACUAUAUUAGAAAGCAAGUAUCUUCUGAAUACUAUUUACUCCAAAAGGACCUCCAAUUUAAAUAAAGUUUAAUCUGUAUCAUUUAGACUUGUAUUUAGAACGUAUAACUCUGUCUCUGGACUGUUACUGCCUGUAAGGGGUAAUGGACAGCAUCAGAUUAACUUUUUCCUCUAGGAGAAUACAAGCCUUAAUAAACAAUACAUAUUUAGCAA